AUGAUGAGCAGCGGAGGGAUCGGGGUGCCGCUAGGCUUCCCCUUGGGCCCCACGUCUGUCAUCCAGGUCACGAACGUCUCCUCGACAGUGACCAGUGAGCAGCUGCGGACUCUCUUCGGCUUCCUGGGAGAUAUCGAGGAGCUGCGCCUCUAUCCCCCGGACAAUGCACCUCUUACUUUUUCCUCCAAAGUAUGUUAUAUUAAGUUUCGUGAAGCAUCAAGUGUUGGUGUGGCCCAGCAUCUAACAAACACAGUUUUUAUUGACAGAGCUUUGAUAGUUGUGCCCUGUGCAGAAGGAAUGGCAGGUGAUGAGACACAACCAACACGAUUUGCUUUUGUGGAAUUUGCAGACCAAAAUUCUGUACCUCGAGCUCUUGCCUUUAAUGGAGUUAUGUUUGGAGACAGGCCACUGAAAAUAAAUCACUCCAAUAAUGCAAUAGUGAAGCCUCCUGAAAUGACACCACAAGCUGCUGCCAAGGAACUGGAAGAAGUGAUGAAGAGAGUAAGGGAAGCCCAGUCUUUCAUAUCUGCUGCUAUUGAGCCAGAGUCUAGAAAGAGCAGUGAAAGAAAAGGUGGUCAAUCUCGUUCCCAUUCUCGUUCAGAAUCCAGGUCUAGCUCAAAAUCCCAAUCUAGAAGGAAAAGAUCACACUCAAAAAACAGAAGUAGAUCUGGCAACAGGUCACUCUCAAGACAUAAGGACAGACGCAGAUCCAGAAGUCCCCUGAAAAAACGCUCUAGAUCUAGGGAAAAGUGGAAAUCAAGAAGUCCCUCUUAUUCUUGGGACAAGAAAAGAGACAAAGAAAAGGUCAAGGAAAAAGAGAAGGCCAAAGAAAAGGAGAGAGACCGAGACAAAGAGAAGGAGAGAAACUGGGACAGAGACAAAGAAAGGGAAAGAGAACGAGAUAAAGAAAGAAACAGGGAUAAGGACAAGGAAAAGGACCAGGAGAGAGAGAAAGAGCACCAUAAAGAUCGAGAGAGAGUCAGAGACAAGGAUAGGGAUAGACACAGGGACAAGGAUAUGGACAAAGAUAGGGACAGGGAAAAGGACAAAGAUAAUGAGAAGGAAAAAGACAGAGAAGAGGUAGACCAGAACAAGGAAAAAGAUGAUGUUAUGAAAGAGAGGGAGAAGGACAGAGAUAAGAUUAAGGACAAGGAGGGAGAUAAGGACAGAGGGGAAAAAGAGAAGGACAGAGACAAAGAAAAGGAGAAAGAUGAGAAGAAGGAGAAGAAGGAGAGAGAAAGAGAAAAAGAAAGAGAUGAUAAAAAAAAGAAAGAGAAGAGAUCCAGAACACCUACAAGAAGCUAUAGCUCUUCAAGAAGAUCUCGUAGCUCCAGCAGAGAAAGGCGUAAAAGGAAGAGUAGAAGUCUCUCCAAGUCUCCUAAAACAACAAAAAAAAAGUCUUCACAAACUCCUUCUCCAAGAAGAAACAAGAAAGAAAAAAAAAGAGAAAAAGAUAAAAAUAAUGAAAGAAGAGAUAGGGAAUACUCCACCUCAAAGAAAAAAAUUAGUAAAGAAAAAGAGGGAAAGGAGAAAUCUGACAAAAGCACCACUACUUUGAAGGACAAAGAUCAUACUGAAGAGGAUCUGAAUUCAGAAAGUGACGAGGAAGUAGGCAAUAGAGAAAGGACUGAUGAAAUCAAACUACAACAGAAUGGGAACUGUCAAUCAAAUGACGAAAACCUCUCAAUUAAAAUGGAAGAGUUUUAAAGCAAAGA